AUGUCGUUGAUUAUAAUGAUGAAAAUUAUAUGCUUGUUAUUAUCCUCCAUGUGUUUGAUGGUUACUGCUGCUUCUGAUAUCGAGCUUUACUAUGCUGGAGACCAAUCACCUACUACAGUAUCUUUUGAUACUUGUUUUCCUGCCACAAAAAACGGCGCUCAACUUGAUAGUGUUUAUGUCCACCCGCUCUCUGAGUGCGCACUUUUCGAUGAUGACAACUGUCAGGUUUCCGAAAGCCCUUUACCCACUAUAAUUCCUGGCGACAUCUUUGGAAAUUAUACGUUCGAGAGGUUUCCCGCUGGCUCAUAUAAUUGCUAUGCAUUACUUCCACUUCCAGUUUAA